AUGACCCUAACAAGAGAUAUGGAAAGAGUUCCAAAUGUGGAGUUCAAAUGUGUUGCAAAGCAUGUCACCAGAACUGAUACAUCUACUAUUACAUUAGUUCAAAUUGCUAAUGUACCUAGCAUAACUUACACUGGUGGAAGGGUUUCUAGUAAUGGAAGUGGUAGAGGCUAUGGGAGUUGCAGAGGCAGUGUGAGUAGGGAUGGUAGAGGCAAUGGAAGUGGUAAGGGUAGUGGAAGUGGUGCUAUGACAAACACUCCAUUAAGUAAUGUACCUAUCACUAUUGUCAUUGGUGGAAAGGGUGUUAGUAUAGGUAGAGGCAAUGGUAGUGGAAGAGAUGCUGAUACAGGUAGAGGUGGUAGGGGCAAUUCUAGUUUACAGCUUAGGUCAAGCACGGCCAAUGAAGUUUUUAUUGACAAAAAACCUACUUAUGGUAAUGAAACUGCAUCUAACCAGACAAAAAGAAGUAAAACUUAUGGUUACAGAAUGAAUAUACCGGUGAAGCUAUUAAAAAUGUAA